AUGAUGAAUAUGGAUCAGGUUCACGUGCAUGAAUCCCUUAAGAAGCUAGGAGAAGAUCGUAAAUAUAUUUUCUAUUUUGUUUUUAUGUUUUUUCAGAAUAACUUUUUGACAGAUAAACCUUUAUAUGAUUUUUAUUAUGUAUUGAAUAAUGCAUUCGACAAAGAGGACAAAAAACAUGUAAUUAUAAAUGAUAAAUUGAAACAAAAUGGAGAAUAUACUUAUAUUAAACAGCUUUUCGAUAACCUCAGAGGUAUAUUGAAUGAAUGGAAAAAUAUAUUGAAAAUUUUUAAAUUACAUUAUAAGAAUAAUAAUAGUUAUUGCAAUUAUUUGAAUUUUUGGAUGCAUAAUAAAAUAAUAACAAAGAAUUUUCCAGAAGAAACUAUUCAUGAUAUAUAUAAUGAGUGGGAUAUAUUAAACAAAGAAAUUUCUACAAAUGACACAUGUUAUCGAAAAAAUUUUCAUAUGAGUGAAGAUAAAUUUAAAAAAAAGAAAAAAUUAUUUGAAUUCUUAGAAUAUUAUGAAUAUAUAAAGGAUAAAAUGAGUUAUGAGGGUCUUAUCAAUAGGGAGAAAUAUUGUGAUUAUAUAAGGAGCAUUUUUGCUUUAUAUUAUGAAAUAAUAAAUGAAAAUAAUAACAACCCCUAUAAUAUAUAUGGUAAAGAGUUAGAAAAUUUUAAAAAUAUAUUUAAUUAUGUUGAGUUAUCUGAAUUAAUUUUUAAAUGUCCUAAUAAUUGUAGAUCAUUUCUUAAUCGAUCAGUAGGAGAAAAAGUGUGCUCUUUAAAUGAACCUCUGGAAAAAUUCGUAAAGGAUAUAAUUAGUUCAUGUAAUAUAGAUGAAAAUUCAACAUUAGAUGAAUCCAUUGGAGUAAUUUCUGAAUAUAUAAAUGUAUCACAACAGCUUAUGCUACAAACAAAAUAUGAAGAGUUCAAUAAAGAAAUUACAAUGAAUGAUUAUGUAAAUUAUAAUACUUAUUGUUCGAAAAUUCUACCACUGAAUAGCAAAUACUGUGGAAUUUUUGAUCUUUGUAUAAAAAUUUCACGGAACUUAAGUAAUUUGGGAACAAAUGAAAAUUUAAAAAAUGAAAAACAUGUCGAUCGAUGUAUUUAUUUUUUAUUUUGGACAUAUUAUGAAAUAUAUAAAAUUUUUCAUAUGGAGAAAAAAAAUAUACAUAAUAUACCUGAAGCAAUUGAACUUCUUAAAAUAACAAAUAAUAUUAAUCAUGAAUUGACUAAAGAAAAUCUUCAUAAUAUUUCUAAAGGUGUGCAUCCAUAUAAUAAUUUAUCUGGAACGAGACCUUCUGAUUAUUACAAAUUAAUUAAUUACACUCCAUGUACGUAUUAUAUCAACUGUGAUUUAAAAGAAUGCAUAGAAAAGAAGCAUCUGUUUGAUUUCUUUAAAAAUUCUGAAAGUAUUAAGGAUAUUAUUAUUUCCAACACUAAUAGUUGUAAUUACUAUUCUAAGUACCUUGAUUAUAUUAUAACACUAUAUAAAAAGUACAGGUAUGAUAAUGAUGGUUAUGACUGUUGUCUGUGGGGUACUUGUGCGAAUUAUUUUAACUGCGAUGCCGACAAUAAUCCUAAUAAGAUUAAAUUUAAAUGCAGUACUGAAAUAAGUAGAAGUUCAUCGUUAAAUAAUUUACAUGAUGGUUCAAGUAAAAAUUCAAUAGAAGAUUAUCUUUUUGCUGAUACUAGAGUUAAAAAAACUCUUGAGAAUCUUAAGUGUUAUAGAAGAUCUAAUAGGGGCGAUUACAUAUCAGAUGAAAUAGUAUGCGAAGAUAAUGCACCACUUGAUAAGGACAUAAAUGUUAUUAAAAAAAAAAUACAAGUUAUACAACCAGGAUCCAUAAAUUUUCCAUAUUAUGAUGUUAUUAUUUAUAUUAUUUUCACAGUUUUAGGAACAUUUCUUAUUUUUUUUAUUUAUUACAAAUUUACUCCUUUAGGAUUAUUUUUACAAAGGAAAUUCGCAAAGAGAAGAAAAACUAAAUAUAGUCUACAAAAAGAACAUAUAGGGGAAGAUAUUAAGUUUAAGGAAAAAUACGAAAAUGCUAAUUCUGCUAGUGUACAACCGCGCAUAGCUUAUCAUCCUGAAUAA